AUGGCCCCGACCGACGCCCCUUUGGAUGUCGCCGCCACCUACAACUCGCAACUACGCCAGGCCAACAUUAUGUCGAUGCGGCGCUACUACGCCAAGAACCGCGACAAGGAGCUCCUCCGAUUCAAGGCGUAUUACCAGAAGAACAAGGACAAAAUCCGCGCGUACAAGAAGCGCGCCCGUGAGCAGUCCAAGAGGGCCAUCCCACGGCAACCCACCGUCGUCGCCGCAGAGACGGCACCCCAACCGACCACGGUGAUGGACAUUCGAUUCCUUUGCCAAGAGCCGACACACAAGGCGCCCCCGUCGGCGGCUCCGUCCAAGAUGAACUUGGCGUUUCUGCUGAAUUGAGCCGCCGCCGACCCUACGUAGGAUGUCGCUGUGCCCCGUAUUUAAGCCCAACCCACUUUCUUCCCUCCG